AUGGCAACUGUAGAACCAGGAGAGCCGCCUGCUGUGCCUGACACAGAGCGUGACUCCAACUAUGGCCAAGGCAAAGGGAUGGAUCAAGAGAAAACGGACCGAAUUAUCAAAGACGACAAGAUCGAGCUUCAGGACAGUGAUGCUUGGGACAAGCUUGGAUACUCUUUUCCAACUUGGCGUAAAUGGCAGAUCCUGAUUGUGGUCUUCUUCAUUCAGAUCAGUAUCAACACGAAUGCCUCCAUGUACUCUCAUGCCGUCAGCGCCGUAUCGGAACACCAUGGCGUCAGCGAGCAAGCAGCGCGCGUCCCACAAGCAGCUUUCCUAAUCGCCUACGGUAUCGGCUGCGAGCUUUGGGCUCCCUGGUCAGAAGAGUACGGACGAUGGCCUAUCCAACAACUCAGCUUGUUCCUCGUCAAUCUCUGGCAAAUUCCAUGCGCUUUAUCGAAGAACUAUGCGACGUAUGUAGUGUGUCGAACGUUGGGAGGUCUAUCAACGGCUGGCGGCUCAGUCACGCUUGGUGUACUCGCCGAUAUGUGGGAGCCGGAUGAACAAGGGUUCGCUGUUGCUUUCUUAGUUCUAUCGUCUGUUGGCGGAUCUGUCGUCGGUGCAAUCAUCGGAGCUUUCGUAGAAGAGUAUAAAUCCGUGGAGUGGAUAUUCUGGGUUCAGCUCAUCAUCGGAGCUUUCGUACAGGCUGUCCAUUUUCUCUGCAACCCCGAAACUCGCUCAACAAUCUUACUCGACCGUGAGGCGAAGAGGCGACGUAAGACGGGUGAGGAUCCGAACAUCUAUGGUCCAAACGAGAUUCGAGGCGGUCACAAGAUGAACUUCAAGGAGGUCGGCACUAUCUUCUGGAGGCCAUUCUACAUGUUCUUCACUGAGCCAAUUGUUCUAUGGCUAUCUCUGCUUAGCGGCUUCAGCGACGCUUUGAUCUUCACGUUCCUGGAGUCUUUUGGCCCUGUUUACGAACAAUGGGGCUUUGGCACCAUUGGUGCUGGCCUGGCCUUCAUACCAAUUUUACUCAGUUACUUCCUAGCUUACGCUUCAUACAUGCCGUCGAUCAUCAAGUUCCGGAAGAAGCGCCGGGAAAAUCCAGGGUCAGUCGCACCAGAGGCCCGACUUUGGUGGCUACUAUUUCUUGCACCACUCGAAACUAUAGGCUUGUUUGGGUUUGCCUGGACAUCACUUGGGCCAGACUAUGGCAUUCCCUGGAUCGCGCCUAUGAUAUUCUCAGCCAUGGUUGGUAUAGCAAAUUAUGCAAUUUAUCAAUCCUCAAUUGACUAUCAAACCGCCGCAUAUGGCCCGUACGCCUCCUCCGCAACCGGUGGUAACGACCUUGCCCGUGACGCUCUAGCCGGUAUUGCUUCUCUGUACUCCACUCCGCUUUACAAGAACAUUCCUGGACGACCUUUGCAAUACGCUUCGACGAUCCUCGCUUGUCUUGCUUUCGUGGUCACCAUCCCAAUCUACAUCGUGUGCUGGAAAGGUCCAGAUAUCAGAGCUAAAUCAAAGUUCGCGCAGAGCCUCGAUCAAAGUCGGCACCAGAGAGAUGAGAAGAGGAGGAAGAGUAGCCUUGCGGGCUUGGAGGGGCCAUUGGGUGAGAAGGAGAGGAAUGUUCAUAGAGAAAACGUGUAG